AUGGGUAGUACCGGUAGCCCCUCCUCGGUAGCCGCUCUACCAACAAGCGGCCGGCCACUCCCGAUACGCACGCCAAGAUCAGCGACGGCGUCUAAUGAUUCCGCGGCGGAGGAGCCCGUGAGCCCGACUGCAAUACUCAUGGACGCUAUAUACAUCGUGGUUACAGUCGGGCUUGGCUGCCCCGUAAACCUCCCCGUCCUCAGGGCCGGCCUCGCCACCCAACUUGCGCGUUACCCGCGCUUCCGCAGCAUUCAGGUGACCGACGGGUGCAAGAACCCACGGUGGGAGCGCACGGCGGUGAACGUGGACGACCACAUGAUCGUCCCGACGCUGGACCCCGUCGCCGUGGAGGCCGACCCGGACCAGGCCGUGGACGACUACGUGGCCUCGCUGCCCGAGCUCCCCAUGGACCGCUCCCGCCCGCUCUGGGAGUUCCACUUCCUCGACUUCCCGACCUCCGAUGCCACCUCCACCGUGGUGAUCCGCGUGCACCACUCCCUCGGCGACGGGACGUCGCUGAUUAUGCUCCUUCUGGCGUCCGCGCGCAGUGCCUCCGACCCGACACGCCUGCCGACCAUGCGGGAGUUGACGGUGCGCACGGGCGCCAUCUAUAAGCCGCGGCGCCGGCAGCCACCGUCGGCGGGCGCCCUGGCGGCAUCCGCGGCAUGGGUCUUUUCCUAUCUUGUGCUCGCGUGGAAUACCGUCGUGGACGUCGCCUCCUUCGCGGCGACGGCUGCGUUCUUGGGAGACCCACACACUCUGUUCAGACGUGCGGAUCACGAUGUUGCGUUCAUCUCCCCCAGGCGCUUCGUGCGCCGGAGCCUUAGCUUGGACGACGUCAGGUUCAUCAAGAAUGCCAUGAACUGCACCGUCAAUGAUGUGCUGGUCGGAGCGACGUCUGCUGCUCUGUCACAAUACUACUUUCGCAAGUCUGGUUACUCCAAGACAGGCAAACUAUGUCUGCGGUCUAUCCUCUUUGUCAAUACAAGGCCAACCACUAGCCUACAAGCGUAUGUUAAUAUGAUAGAAUCUGGUAAGGUUGAUGACGUGGCAUGGGGAAAUCAACUAGGUUACAUCCUUCUUCCAUUUCAUUUGGCGAUGCACGAUGAUCCACUGGCAUAUGUCUGCAAAGCGAUGAACACAGUGGACAGGAAAAAGAGCUCACUUGAAGUUAUCUUCACAUAUAAGAUUACUGAAAUUUUUCUCAAAAUGCUGGGUCUGAAGGCGGGCGCUUUUAUCUUCAAACGUAUGUUCGCCAAUACAACUAUUUCGUUCUCAAACAUGGCUGGACCAACUGAACAAAUUGAGUUUUAUGGACACCCAGUUGACUUCCUCGCUCCUAGCGUUUAUGGAAUUCCACAAGCAUUGGUUGUGCACUACCAGAGUUACAAUAACACUCUCAAAGUAAUUCUGUCAGUCGACGAGGAAGUAUUUCCAGAUUACACUGAUCUUUUGGAUGACUUUGUCAAGUCCUUCGCACGAAUUAGGGAGGCGGCGUCAAGGCUUUCAACAUCUAUCAAGAAAGAAUGA